AUGACCGCCCAGCCGGACGGCUCGGGCUGGUCGCUGCACCUGUUUCCGGAGAUCUGCCGAGAAGACCCCGCGCGCGCCGCGGUGCUGGACGCCACCCUCUACCACACGCGCGCCUGUGUGGACCCACCCGUGGCCUCCACCCGUUGCACCUUCCCUCCGGGCGAGGGCGAUAGUGCGUCUAGCGCCGUGUGCCUCAGCAUUCCGCCGGAGGCGGUGCAGCUUUGGAGCCCGCAGCGGCCGCAUCUGUAUGGACUGAAGCUCUCUUUGCGCGCCGCGGGCGACGACGAGCAGGAGGUGGAUGAGGUGAUCUCUUAUGCGGCCCUCCGCACCAUUCAUAUCCACAAGGAUCAGAUUUUGUUGAAUGGCGAAGCGCAAUAUUUACGGCUGGUCUUAGACCAAGGCUAUUACCCUGAAGGUUUGUGGACUGCUCCCUCUGUGGAGGCCUUGAGAAGGGACAUCGAGUUGGCACGGGAAAUAGGUUUCAAUGGAGCGCGAUUACAUCAGAAGGUCUUUGAACCGCUCUACUUCUCCCUGGCGGAUGAGCUAGGAUUCAUGGUCUUCUGUGAGUUCCCUGAUUGGAACGGCGGUUGUUCAAACCGCUGGGAAGUCUCGGAUGAAUAUCAGGACCUGCUCACCAGUGAGUGGAAGAGAACCGUGAAAGACUUGCACAACCAUCCUUCGAUCUGCUGUUGGGGGCCAUUCAAUGAGUUUGGACCCAAGAACGGCUGGCAUCACCACCGGGGCGUGGGCGGCGGCUUCCAGCACCGCUACGACGCGGAGACGCGGCGGCGCAAGGUGGAGAAGCACCGGAGCUUCGUGCGACGUGUGGUGCAGCAAACCCGACAGUUGGAUCUUCAAAAGCGACCCGUCCAUGAUUCCAGCGGAUGGAUCCACAUCGACACCGACUUGUGGUCCUUCCACGACUACGAACAACGUCCCAAGCAGUUCUCAGAUCGUUUAGCCAUGCCUCAACAUCUAGUGGAGGGGCGCCAAGGAGAACCCUUGUUCGUGGCCGAGUAUGCUGGAGUGGCGCUGGAUUUGGGAGGACCUUAUGGAUUGAACCCCUCGCACCUCUUAGCAGGCUAUGCCGGCCGCUCGAAGGAGGGGCAACUGCCCACGGACAUGGAGGAAGCAUUGAAACGCAUCAGUGGACUCACCCAAGCGAUUUACAACGCAGAAGACUAUACCGGUUUCUGUUGUACACAGCUCUACGACGUGGAGUAUGAGAAGAAUGGCCUCGUGCGCUACGAUCGCCAACGGAAGUUUCCCCUGGCCUCGCUGCAACAGAUCUUCGAUGGCCGCUGGCAGAAAGGCCGGUGGCAGGGCGCUGCGCCAUGA